AUGAAAAAUCAAAAGCGGCGUAGCCCGAUGAGUGCACUAAUUAAAAUUUCAAUAAUAUUACUAUGGAUAUUUUUAAUAUUUUCGGUGUUUUCUUUAACCAACGCUUAUAGCAAUAUUAAAAGUGAUUACAAUGGAGCAAACAGCUCAAAAUUAAUUCGAAUUGACGGUGAUAUUAUUUUUGGCGGGAUUUUUCCAAUGCACGAACAGAUUGUGGGAUUGAGUGGUGAAUUACCGUGCGGAGCAGUGAAAGAGGAGAAAGGCGUCCAACGUUUAGAGGCAAUGCUUUUUGCGAUCGAUGAGAUCAAUAGAAAUGAUGAGUUGUUACCAAAUACCACCCUUGGAGCACUUAUUCUCGAUUCAUGUAGCAGUGAUACAUAUGCUUUAGAUCAAAGUAUGGAAUUUGAUAUGACCGAGUAUAAAUGCGAAGAUGGUAAGGCACCGCUUUAUGUGCCUCAUAAAUCUGUCACUGGAGUUAUCGGAGCAUCAUUCAGUGUCGUUUCAAUAAUGGUUGCUAACAUAUUGAGGCUCUUCAAGUACUCUAAUAUCCCACAAUUGAGCUACGCAUCGACGAGCACAGAGCUCUCGGACAAAAGUCGUUUUGAAUACUUCAGCAGAGUUGUACCACCGGAUAAUUUUCAAGCGCAGGCAAUGGUUGAAGUGGUACAUCAGCUCGGAUGGAAGUACGUCUCGACGGUCGCUGUUGAAGGGGAUUACGAAUAUAACAUAUGUGUUGCAAUAAGUGAAAAAAUUCUUCGUAAUUCACGUGCUGAGGACUUUGAUCGUAUUAUUGAGCGACUUGGAUCUAAGCAUAAUGCCAGAGGCGUCAUUUUAUUUGUCGAUGAAGAUAACAUCAGAAAACUUUUGCAAGCAACUGUUCGUGCCAAUAGAACAGGGCACUUUAUGUGGGUCGGAAGUGACUCGUGGGGCGCAAAAGUUCAUCCGGUGCGAGAUCAAGAGUUUGCUGCUCAAGGCGCGAUUACGAUCUUGCCAUUUGGAAAUUCUCUAAAAGAUUUUGAUGAGUACUAUAAAAAUUUAAGACCUCGAGUCGGCAAUGAGUGCAACGGACAGACGGAAAAAAAUGUUCCUUAUCCAUUAGGAAGUAAGACAGGAAAAAUGGUUAACUGUCGUAAUGUAUGGUUCCGUGAGUUCUGGUCUCAACACCACAAGUGCCAUUUUAUCGAGCAAAAUUCUAGCUCUUCAGCAGCUAAAACUGGGGUGAAACGCUGCACAGUUGAUGCUGUGUAUGCGAUGGCACACGCAGUACACAACAUUAUUAACGACGAGUGUGUUAAAACUCGUGGAACAGUGCACCAUCUGUGUGACAGUCUGACGCCAGCACCACCAGGACAACAUCUUCUUCACUAUAUUCGCAAUGUAAGCUUCACGGGUCGUCAAGGUACUGAAAUAAGAUUCAACAAUGACGGCGACGCUUUUGGCUUUUAUAAUAUUUAUCAGUAUCAACAUACUGAUGAGAAUCGCUACGACUACAAUCUCAUUGGUUCCUGGAAAGAAGAUAUGUGUUGCUGGAGUUGUAUGCGGUGUCCAGACAAUGCCUAUGUCUUUAAUGACUCGUGUCGAAACUGUGGGCCCGGAUGGGCACCUGACAAUAUCUCAAAGUCACGAUGUAUCAAAAUACCUGCCGAGAUAAUAACAUGGGCAAGUCCAUGGGCUAUAGUACCUUUGAGUUUUGCAAGUAUCGGCAUAUUAAUUACACUCUUUACGAUAAUUAUAUUUGUACGAUUCAAUCAUACCCCAGUAAUUAUGGCCUCGGGACGUGAGCUGUGCUACGUUCUUCUAGUUGGAAUCCUCUUGUGUUAUGGAAUGAGUUUCGUUAUUUUAGGCGAACCAACACGCUGGAAUUGUACAUAUCUACGUAUCGGUUUAGGUCUCUGUUUAAGUAUCUGCUACAGCGCUAUUUUAACAAAAACAAAUCGGAUAUCAAGAAUUUUUACUCAAGGAAAAAAAUGUCUAAAACGGCCUUCUUAUACUUCACCUAAGAGUCAAAUAGCUAUUUCAUUGGGUAUCACAUCAAUCCAAUUAAUUGGUACAAUUGUCUGGUUGAUAAUCGAACCACCCGACAUAAAAGAAAUUCAUCCAAGUCCAUUAACAGCAGUACUCACUUGUCGUGUAUCAACAUUCUCACUCAUGAUGUCUUUAGUUUACAACAUGGUUCUAAUCUUAAUGUGCACACUUUACGCCUUCAAGACACGUAAAAUACCAGCGAACUUUAAUGAAGCUAAAUAUAUUGGAUUUACGAUGUAUUCCACGUGCAUCGUUUGGCUGGCCUUUGUUCCCAUAUACUUUAGCACUUAUAACGAUUACACGAUCCAAAUUGCCAGCAUGUGUAUGUGCAUCAAUAUAUCGGCGACUGUCGUGCUUGGUUGUCUUUUUAUACCAAAAGUUUACUUGGUGCUAUUUCAACCAAAUAAAAAUGUACGGUCAGGUCACACGAAUACUGUGAGUGCUGGUGGUCCUGGCAGCGCCGGAGCUCCUUCAGGUGGUAAUGCUCAAAACAGUUCGUCAACACACUCUGGAUUACGCUCGACAUACAGUAUGAGAUUUGUACCAUCUAGAAGCCAGACGAUGCAAAGUGUUACUUCAUGUUCACGCAGUAGUCCCGUUACUGGUGACAAUGAUGAUACUAGCAGUAUCAACAAACCUAUUACCACAGUAUCAGCAUCUACUGAAGCAAAGCAAAAAAUAAUGUAA